GCGGCGGCGGCGGCGGCGGUGACGGCGGCGCCGCGCAGCCCGGGAGCGCCGACGGCGGCGGCUCGAGCCCGGAGGCUGCCCCCGCUGCUCGUGCUGCUGGCGGCGGCGGCGGCGGGCCCCGGGGCGGGCGGCGCCGCACGGCUGUACCGCGCGGGCGAGGACGCCGUGUGGGUGCUGGACAGCGGCAGCGUGCGCGGGGCCACGGCCAACAGCUCCGCCGCGUGGCUCGUGCAGUUCUACUCCUCGUGGUGCGGCCACUGCAUCGGCUACGCGCCCACCUGGCGGGCCCUGGCCAGGGACGUGCGAGACUGGGCUGCAGCCAUCCGCGUUGCUGCCCUGGACUGUGCGGAGGAGGAGAACCAUGAAGUAUGCCGAGCCUACGACAUCCACUUCUACCCCAGUUUCCGGUAUUUCAAGGCAUUCACCAAGGACUUUACCACUGGAGAAAAUUUUAAAGGGCCUGACCGGGAGCUGCAGACCGUGAGGCGGACAAUGAUCGACUUCCUGCAGAAUCACACAGACGCAGACAGGCCCCCGGCUUGCCCGCCCCUGGGCCCUAUUCCGCCCAGUGACGUCCUUUCUCUCAUGGACAACCGUGAUGGCCGUUAUGUGGCCAUCCUGUUUGAAAACAACAGCUCUUACGUCGGACGUGAGGUGAUCUUAGACCUGCUUCCGUACGAGAACAUUGUGGUAAAGAGAGUGCUGGACGCGGACGAGGCCUUCCUGGAGAAACUGGGUGUUUCUUCCCUUCCUUCGUGUUACUUAAUUUACCCAAAUGGGACACGUGGAUUAAUGAACAUCGGGAAGCCCCUCCGAUCGUUUUUUUCCUCUUAUUUGAAGUCGUUGCCGGAUGUGAGGAAAAAAUUGAUUUCGUUGCCUGAAAAGCCCAACAAAGAAGAAAAUCCUGAAGUUGUCAUUUGGAGAGAAUUUGACAGGUCGAAGCUGUACACUGCGGAUCUUGAGUCCGGGCUACACUACCUGCUGAGGGUAGAGCUGGCCACUCACAGGUCCCUGGCGGGGGCCGAGCUACAAACACUCAAGGACUUCGUCACUGUCCUCGCCAAGCUGUUCCCCGGCCGCGCACCGGUCAGAAAGCUACUGGAGACACUGCAGGAGUGGCUGGCCAACCUCCCCCUCGACAGGAUCCCCUACAACGCCAUCCUCGACCUCGUCAACAACAAGAUGCGGAUUUCUGGAAUAUUUCUUAUUAAUCGCAUAAAGUGGGUUGGAUGUCAAGGAAGCCGACCAGAGUUCAGGGGUUACACCUGUUCUCUCUGGAAAUUAUUCCACACUUUGACUGUUCGAGCUGGGACCCAUCCAGAGGCACUGGACGGCACAGGUUUUGAGGAUGACCCCCAGGCGGUGCUGCAGACCAUAAGGAGGUACAUUCAUACCUUCUUUGGCUGUAAGGAGUGCAGUGAGCAUUUUGAGGAAAUGGCUAAGGAAUCCAUGGACUCCGUGAAAACCUCAGACCAAGCAAUUCUCUGGCUUUGGAAGAAACAUAACUUAGUAAACAACCGCCUGGCAGGCCAUCUGAGUGAGGACCCCAAGUUUCCAAAGGUUCCGUGGCCCUCCCCGGACCUCUGCCCAGCCUGCCACGAGGAGAUUAAGGGCCUGCACAGCUGGAACGAGGGCCAAGUGCUCCUGUUCUUGAAGCAGCACUAUGGCAGCGACAACCUCGUGGAUACCUAUGCUGCAGACCAGGAAGACGCCCAUGAAGGAGGUGCCCCACCUGAGGGCGGGGAGCAAGAGCGAGGCCUCGUUUCCCCAGAGAAGCCUCAGGAAGAGCAGCGUGCCAAGAGUCUCCGUCCACCCAGUGUGCUGCCUCCCAGACCCGACCUGUCACAAGGGUUGCAGCUAGGCCUGGAUGGGGGACUCCAGAGUGCGAGCAGGGCUGAGGGCCACAGGGAGGUGGAGGUGGCUGUGCCCUUUCUCGGGAUGGGCUUCUCCAGCCUGGACAUGAGCCUCUGCGUCGUGCUAUAUGUGGCCUCUUCCUUGUUUCUAAUGUUAAUGUACUUUUUCUUCCGAGUGCGGUCCAAGCGAUGGAAAGUCAGAUAUCACCGCCUAUCUGUGUAGAACCAAGUGGGACCACAGAAGCACCUUUGGAAAAACAGCCCCACCGUGCUUUAAUAAUUAAGAUCAGGGAUUUUAUAGACACAGCAGAUCUGGUUUCACAUGCAUCGGCGUCAUGGGCUCCAAGGCCUUGUUGGACAAAUGGUCUUCCUGUGGAGGACAAGCCAACGUUUGUUGAGACUGACCGCUGGCAUAUUCCCUGGACGCCUUUAUAGAUCCGACAGCAAAAAGAUGUCUGUAUUUUUAUUCUUCUAAGUUUAAAAAAAAAAAAAAGUGGGAGCCCAGGCCAAACGAACAGACUCUUUCCCACCUGCUUUUAUCCUGAGUUUCUAGACACACGUUCUGCAAGCCUGGCUUGGGAUUUGGAGAACAACUAAGCCGUGCCGUGAACUGGCGGCUCCGGGUGGUUCCAUGCAGCCAGCUUCGCCCAGCAGAGCCUCACCCACCCUGGCCGCUCCUCAAAGCCAGUCUGGUCCUCAGAGAUCAUCUGUGUUUGUGCUUUUCAGCUGCCUGGCAGUUUCAGCUGAAGCAAGAGAGCAUCUCCGUGGUGCUGGAGCAGCUCCAAGCCAAAGGGACCACCCCUGCAUCAAGACCUGUGUGCACUCCAGAUGCAGAGUCUGGCACAGGAAGGAAGGACAGAGGAGGGUUUGUGGCUUUGCUGCAUUGUAAGGAACACCCCUACCAGGCCAAGGGGGGUGGUGGGGGCAGGACAGUGGCAGAGGCGGUGUCUUUGUUUAUCUGGUGGGAAGAGAGCCCUAAGUGACCGAGGACCAUCCCAAACUGCCUUGCCCAGGCAUUGAGGGCAGAGCUCCGCAGGGGAGGCGUGUGGGGUGGCCCACUCCUUGGGAGCCGAGUCCCCAGGGGACCUUCCAAGGAGCCCAUCAUCCUCUGUGUCACGUGGUCCAGCAGCUGCAAGGCCGGGGGCUAGGACGUGGGGCCCAGUGACACAGCAAUGCCCGGGGAUACCCCAGGAGCCCCAUAGGAGUGACCUGUGCUGUCUCCAGCACCUUUAAGGCCAAAUUCCAAACUUCAUUUCCCUGAAGCUGUUUUAUGAAGGGUCCUGGCACAGGGCCCCCAUCCCCCAGGCUUUUGUGAUAUAUAUAUUUUUUUUUUUAUUUUUUUACCAUUUAAUGAUUUUAACGUUAUUUGUGAAACCCAAAUCAUUUAGAUGUCAGUUUGCCUCUGGAGAUAUAAACAAAAUGAACAAACUGCCAUUUUCGUGGAGAUCCUUUGUGACUGUCUCACAAGCUCAGAGGUAUCUGUGCUUGUGUCACUAUGAUGGUUGUAAAUAGUCUUUCCACCUUGCCUAGUGUGCUCCAUGUUUACGAACUCCCGCUGACCAUGGUCGUUUCUGUGUAAGAACACUUACGUGCUGGACCAGUGUGUGGGCAGCAGGCGAGCUGUCAGGAGCUUGAGCUCCUGCCGGGGGUGGGGGGGACAGGGAACAGGACAGGGACAAGGAUGGGACGGGGUACAGGACGAGGACAGGAUGGGAUGGGGGACAGGAUGGGGACGGGCCAGGGAUGGGAUGGGGGCCAGGGAUGGGACAGGAUGGGGCAUGGUCCUCCACAGCUGCUUCACUUCUGGCUUCUCUGCCACCAGAGGUUUCUUCUUGUUUGACAUGUUUUUAACCCCAGAAGUCUGUGUGUUUCGUCGGUGGUUGUGCACCUGGGUUACUGGAGACCCUGUCUUGUUUCCUUUUAUCCUGAAAACUGGCCAGAUUCACCCACAGAAUCCAAAGGGAAAUACUUAGCACCAUGAAUUAAACUGCCUUCUGGUUCGUGUUGAAUGCUUUCCUCCCUUAAAGGAAGUUUGCAUUUGCGGUGUGGACUGGGAUGAGGUUGCAGAGCACCACCGUGUGCUGGAACCUCUAUAAAACCCACAUGACAGCUUCGAGGUUCAUGAUAAUAUUGCAGUCUGAGGUCAUCAGUAUUUGGGGGACAAGCUUCCAACACCCUGAGGGGCCAGGUUUCCAGUAGACCACGAGCAGUCAGGGACAGGUGGUGGUGCCAAAGUGGCCACGGACGUGUGUCUCGUGUGCAGGUGUGAACAUGGCCACACCCCUCCCAUGGUCUGCUUAGAACUGUACACUACCUUUAGGCAAGGUUUAAGGUCUCUUUUCUAAAGUUGUAAGUAUUGAGACUAAUGAAUAGUUCGAUAAUUUAAAUGUGUAUUUAUUUUUACUGGAAGAAUUUUGAUUAAAAAGCUAAUUGACAUGGAAAUGUCUGAAAUUUCUUACCUGCAAGGAAAGUGAACAUUUUGUAUUUAAAUGAACUAUAAUGUGCACAUUUUUUAAAUAAAUAAAUUUGACAUUGGAAA